AUGCGGAGCCACGUUUACUGGCGCGACCUGUCCGUGGUCGGCAGUGGCCGGGCGCUUCUGCAGAGCUCUACAGGGGUGGCGAAAGCUGGACGCUUGCUCGGAGUGCUCGGGCCUUCUGGCGCAGGCAAGUCCACCUUCCUUUCCGCCCUGGCCGAUGUCCUGGAUGAGCCUCUCCAGCGGACAGGGCAUGUUUGGAGCCCUACUGGAACAAUCAGCGUGGCCAAAGGAACUGCUGCGCUGCUUGCUCAGGACGAUCCUUUUUUCCCAGAGCUUAUGGUGGGAGAGACGCUUCAAUUCGCGGCAACGCUGAGUGGCCGCCUUGCAAAGGAGGCUGUGGAGGAGGCAGAAGCCUUGCUUCAGCGCGUGGGCCUCGCGGGCGCAGCCUCGCGGCGCGUCAGCUCCACCACCAAAGGCGAGCAGCGACGGCUGGCCGUGGCUUGCGCCCUAGCAGGCGAGCUGCCAGGGGCGCGCAGUCGCGCGCUGCUCGUGGACGAGCCAACCACGGGCCUUGAUGCCUUCCAGGCACAAAGAGUUGUGGAACUCCUGAAGGAGCUGGCGCUUGGCAGGAAUUGUGCGUGCGUGGCUUCACUUCACCAGCCAAGAGCGGCAAUUUUUCGUUGCCUAGACGAUACCCUGGUCCUGGCACCAGGCGGGCACGUCGUGUUCUGUGGCUCUGCGGAUGACAUGUCCGAGCACUUCUGUGGCCUCGGCUACAGCUGCGCUGAUCAAGGUGUGAAUCCGGCGGAGUUCGUCAUUGAUCUCGUCUCCAUCGACUACGAAAAUCUGCCACAAGUGGUACAGGACAAGCAGCGCAUCGAGGUCUGUGCGGCUGCCUGGCGCUGCAAGUGCUGUCAGGACGACACACUCGACAUGGAGAUUCCCCGCAGCAGCAGUUUCGUGAAACGUCGGGCGUCUGUCAGAGCCUUCUUCUUGCUUACUCAGAGAUCAAGCAUCCAGAUCAUGCGCGAUCGCAUGACGAACGUUUUCCGUUUGGUGGCCACUGCCGGGUUGGCGCUGGUCUUUGGUGUGCACUUUGGCAAGCUGGAUGGAGGCGGCCUUCCAACCGCCAGAUCUGUGGCAGCGAGGAUUUGCUUGCUGUCUUUCGGCGUCAUCGCCAUGGCAUUCCUUGCGAUGGCGAGGGCUGUUGAUCGCUUUGCCAAGGAGAGGGCAAUAGUCAAGCGCGAGCGCCUUGCUCGGUUGUACGGCGGUGGUGUGUACCUGCUCUCCAAGGCCGUAACGGAGCUCCCUUUGGAUGCUCUUUCGGCCGUGCUUUUCGCGGCCAUUGUCCACGAAAUUUGCGGACUCCAUGCAAGGCGCGAGGCAGUGCUCCUGUCGUUCGCCCUUGUGGCGGUUCUUGGCCGACAUAGUUGA